AAAUCAGCUUGGACUUUUUCUUGUGAAAUUGGCUUGGGCUUUCUCUCAAAACAGACUUACGUUUAACAUUGAAGAAAUGAUUUGCAAAGUCACUAAUUAUAAGGUUCUCGGAGAAUUGCCCUUACAAAGGACUUCUGU